GCGGCGGCGCGGCUGCCAUUUCCGGUUUGCCGGAGGUGGGCGGGUGGGGUGCGGCGCCGAGCCGAGCCGGAGCGGCUGCCAGAUCCAGCCUCGCACCUGGUGCCGCCGGCAGGAUGCGCCCAGGGCCCGGGGGCUGCUGCUGCCGCCGCCCUGCGCUGCCGAACGGCUGCGUCGCGAACGGGGAGCUGCGGAAUGGGUAUGUGAGGAGCAGCCCGGCAGUCGCCGCCGCCUCUGCCGCCGCCAGCAGCCAGAUUCAUCAUGUCACUCAGAAUGGUGGAUUGUAUAAAAGACCAUUUAAUGAAGCCUUUGAGGAAACCCCAAUGCUUGUUGCUGUGCUUACAUACGUGGGGUAUGGUGUCCUGACACUCUUUGGAUAUCUACGUGAUUUCUUGAGACAUUGGAGAAUUGAAAAGUGUCACCAUGCAACAGAAAGAGAGGAGCAAAAGGACUUUGUCUCAUUGUAUCAGGACUUUGAAAACUUCUACACAAGGAACCUCUACAUGCGAAUUCGAGACAACUGGAACCGACCAAUCUGUAGUGUGCCUGGAGCCAAGGUGGACAUCAUGGAAAGACAUUCCCAUGAUUAUAAUUGGUCAUUCAAGUACACAGGGAAUAUAAUUAAAGAUGUUAUCAACAUGGGUUCCUACAACUAUCUUGGAUUUGCAAAGAACACUGGGACGUGCAAAGAAGCAGCAGCCAGAGUCCUGGAGGAGUACGGAGCUGGAGUAUGUAGCAGUAGGCAGGAGAUUGGAAAUCUGGAUAAGCAUGAAGAGCUAGAGAAGUUAGUGGCCAGGUUUUUGGGAGUGGAAGCAGCCAUGGCAUAUGGAAUGGGUUUUGCAACCAACUCAAUGAAUAUCCCUGCUAUUGUUGGCAAGGGCUGCCUCAUAUUGAGUGAUGAACUGAACCAUGCAUCUCUAGUUCUUGGAGCAAGGUUGUCUGGAGCAACUAUUAGAAUCUUCAAACACAAUAAUAUGCAAAGCCUGGAGAAGCUAUUAAAAGACGCCAUUGUGUAUGGACAACCUCGAACUCGAAGGCCCUGGAAGAAAAUACUCAUCCUCGUAGAGGGAAUAUACAGCAUGGAAGGGUCAAUUGUUCGCCUCCCCGAAGUGAUUGCCCUUAAGAAGAAAUACAAAUCUUACCUGUAUCUAGAUGAAGCCCACAGCAUUGGGGCCCUGGGCCCGACAGGUCGGGGUGUAGUAGAAUACUUUGGUCUGAAUCCUGAGGACGUGGAUGUUAUGAUGGGGACAUUCACAAAGAGCUUUGGAGCUGCUGGAGGAUACAUUGGAGGCAGGAAGGAACUGAUAGACUAUCUCCGAACACAUUCUCAUAGUGCCGUGUAUGCCACAUCAUUGUCACCACCUGUUGUGGAACAAAUCAUCACCUCCAUGAAAUGUGUUAUGGGUGAAGAUGGCACUAACCUUGGCAAAGAAUGUGUACAACAGCUAGCUGAAAACACUAGGUAUUUCAGAAGGCGAUUGAAGGAGAUGGGCUUCAUCAUCUAUGGAAAUGAAGAUUCCCCUGUGGUGCCUUUGAUGCUCUACAUGCCAGCUAAAAUUGGUGCGUUUGGACGGGAGAUGUUAAAGCGGAACAUCGGUGUGGUUGUGGUGGGAUUUCCUGCUACCCCAAUUAUUGAAUCCCGAGCUAGGUUUUGCUUGUCAGCAGCGCAUACCAAAGAAAUACUUGAUACUGCACUAAAGGAGAUAAAUGAAGUUGGGGACCUGUUGCAGCUGAAGUAUUCCCGUCACCGGUUGGUACCUCUGUUGGACCGGCCCUUUGAUGAGACUACAUAUGAAGAGACAGAAGAUUGAGCCCUCUUGGUGGCCUUUAAAGGACACCCUCCCUCACACAGGACAAUAUGUGGCCUUUCUGAGCCCAGUCUAGGAACCACACUUCUGUGGCUGCUUCACGUAAAAGACAUUUUCUCACAAUACUGAAGGUGACCACAUCCAAUCCAAAUGGCAUUUUGUAAAUAGUGAAAGUUGUUUCACAUUCUUUCUCUGCUACAUCUCUCUUUCAAAGAAAGGUGUCUUAUUCUUUGCCUUCCUACUCCGCCCCCCCAGUUUUGGAAGAAAAAAGGUUUUGUUUUAUAGCCCUUGUCCUGGUGAAAUCACGAUAUCCUAGCCUCCCUUUGGCUAACCCCCAAACCACUCCCUCCCCUCCUGCUCUGGUCCCAGGUAACCCUUCUCUGCACAGCUGUUAUUGCUGCUGGUUACAGAGUGGUACCUGCAAAGAGAAUUCACCGCACUCCUCCUCCUUAGGAAGCAAGUGCCUUCCACUUACCUCCCAUCUAGUCUUUGAAAGUUAUUAAUGUUUAAACCCUAAUUUAACCAGACAGAUAAUCAACCAAAGCUCUCUUUCUUUAGUUUUGUCUUUAAACACUUGAAACUUAGCUUUAAUUUUAAGGUAACAAAUGUUGCUGACAAGAUCAUUAUGUAAUUCCCCCUGACCAUGGGCCUCCAAGAUUUUGUCCAAUAUCCAUUUUCAUCCUGGCCACCAGAUGUUUGCCAUCAAAUGUUUCCUUAUGAUAUUCACAAACCUAGAGUAUGUCCAAGCAGGACAGAAUUUUCCCCCAUUAAGCAUGUUUAAUAUUUAUGAGAUAGCCAUAUCCCAUUCCUAUUUAAUCUCCUUUUGCCAGUGAGACCCUUAUUAGUGAAGUCAAGUUUCCAGUUUUGGUAUUUCAUGUACAAAGCUGCUCUACACUGUCAGGUGGUUGCUUGGCUAUGAGACAGGGUUUUGUAAAAGGAGUGAUACUGAUAGGAUCACAGAGAAGAGUACUGUUCAUGUAAUUGGCCACGGUUCAUGAAUCUCUUUCUUGCUGCUUCCUAUAUCUCAGAAUUGUGGCUGUCCACAGGAAAAGCUGUUUCCGGUCAGGACUUAGAAUGAUUGGGUAAAAAUAGGGAUAAGUUCUCUGCCUGGAAACCAUUCAGUAUAUUUCUAUGAAAGGAUUAACAUUGCUACACUAGCUCUUUUUAAAAGCCCACUUCCUCCUUCUGGUUAUAUCCUGAUCACUGUUUUCCUUUGUUGUUUUCCAUCAAAACACCUACUGUAUGAGAGAGAUAUAUGGUUACCUUGGUUAUUUCAACCUGCUUCUGAUACUGAGAAACUUUCUUGUUUCCUUAUUAGCUACCCUUUGUCCUUUUUUCUGGAGAGGAUCGAAUUCCUGAAUUGGGCUCCUUGGACCCUCUGGCAAGGGGGCCUGCUUAUAUAUAAUCCAUGUGCAUCCCACAGCCAGAAAGCUCAUCUUUCCAUCAUUCCAAAGCUAUCCUAAGGGGAAGAUGUUCUUGGCUUUAUUAUACCCAAAGUUUGCUUGUCUUUCCAAAAGAUAAGGGACCAUCAAGCACCACAAGGGAAGGUUGGGAAAGGAAUGGAAAAGAGUACUUUGUGUAUGGAAUUUUGCACGUACGUGUGUGUGUGUGUGUGUGUGUGUGUGUGUGUGUGUGUGUGUGUGUGUGUUGAAACCAUUUGUUUUUCUGGCAAACUUUGUCAUCUCAAAUUCUAUCCAGGCAGCUUGUCAUCAACUUUAGUAUGUUUGUGAAGAAAUGCUGUGUUGUUAAGUAGAAGGCAGAAAAAAAUACUAUUGAUGGGGAUGGGUUUGUUAUUUGCUUUUACUGUAUUAAAUAUGCUGAUUUCCCUGAUCCUCAAACUUAAAACCUUUGGGUAAAGUCCACAGUUUGGUGCUUUUUUUUUUUUUAGUUUGGAGAAAGUUGAGUGGAGGUGGAAAAGACUAUAUAUAACAUAUAUAAGUGAAGAAAUGAAGAGUAACAGGAAGGGAAAUAGUCCUUUGGCAAAAACCAAGCAAAUAGCUGGCUUUUCCUAAAUGAGUGCUUCCCCGCAAUAGCACCAGUAUGCCAAGCAGCAAGUUCUGCCCUUUAGUUGAAGAGACUCUCCAAAAUUGCAUACAUAGACUUUCAAAUCAGUGCAUUUUUUUAUCCUGCCUUUUACUUGGGAUACAUGGGGUGGUAGCAAAUGAAAAUAUGUGACAUUUUAUGGCCAAUUUUAAAAAUUGAUAUUAUUACAGUAUGACAGUGUAGAACAAACUUAAACAAGUUUAAAUUUAAACUAUGAUUUUAUUUAUGAGGGAUAAAACCCUUGUAUUUUCCAGAAUUCCAUGCUGCCUAAGAGAGGAACUGCUAUUUUACUUCAACCUAUGGAAGAAUGAAUUACACAUAAUGAUUGGUUGUCUCCCUCCUUCAUACUGUGAUAAUCUAUAGUAUAGUCAGACUUCUGGUAUCUUUAUUUAACUAACCGUUUUGAAAUCAUUAGGUCGAUCUGUUGAUUAAUGAGGUGGAAUCUGGCAUACCAGUCAUGACAGGACCCCCGAUACACUGUGGUGUGAGAAUCUGAUGGGACUCUUUAAGAUUGAUGGAUUAAUCAGUUAUCACCAAAGACUGGGAUCCAAAGUACUAUAUUAAGCACUGCAAAAUGGGCCAUUUCCUCUUUCCUCCUCUGUACCUCCCCACUUCUCCUCCUGCCAUCUCUUUAGUGAGUGACUUAAUCUGCUUUGAAGUUCAUAUUAUUUGGAGAAACGUCAAAUCAGUCUCUGAGAAGUGAAGUUGUUGAAUGCAAAUGCAGGAGCUAUUUCUCCCUACACACCCAGCAAUGUGAAAUCAGGUAGAACAAAUAGGAAGGGUAGAGGUGGCAAUCUCUUCUGUCUUCAUUCAUGCUUUCGCCAAACACUUCACAGACUGCUUGCUUCAACACCAAUAAAUGUAAUGAUUGUGAAGCAUUCCUGGAGAGAUUUCCUUUAGGAGUAGGACCUUGAAGAGCUUUCUAUUUAGUUUUAGAUGAAAUGGUCUUCAUUUCAGGAAAAAUAUAUUUAGCUCUUGACCUUUAAGGUCGAUUUAUCUAUGAACUUGCAGCCCAAGGACCCAACAGUGUUUUGUUCACUUAAUUGAACCUUUGCCAUUUAUGGAGUAGUGUUUCCAAGUGAAAAGAAAAUGAUCACUUCUCAACAUCUUUUCGGAGGAAAAGAAAAGGGGUAUUACUUUCUGGAAUUUCCCUCCCAACUUGCCACUCUGAACUCUGCUUUCUUAAUUUACCCUCUUUUCUCACUCAAGUCCCUCUUUUUUUCCAGUUUCUUUUUUUCCUUCAAGGUUCUUGCCUUCAGAGAAAGCUGUUUAUGGUGUUUUAGGAUGAAUAUAUUGGAAAUUUUUUUUAUUAUAAAUUGGGUGCAGGGCCUCUCCAAAUGCAUUUGGCCCAACUUCUUCAGGUUUUCUAAUGGGCUGGCAUCCUUUCUCCCCCUCCCUACUUAAUAUGAAAUCGGCCUCCAUAUUUUCUGACCAAUAAUCAUCUAUCUAGCUGAAUUCACUAAAAUCUACAUAUGCCUCUUCUGCCUGUUGAUGAAUACAGGGAGAAAGUGUGAUGAGGAAGUUUCCUAGUUCAUUCAAAAGAAAACCCUUAAAGUAUAAUCAAGCUACCUCCAUUUCUUUCUCUUCCAAAUUGAUAAGGAGACUGUCUCCCUCAAUAAGAUUGGAUAUGGUGGCCAUGCUACCUUAUUAAUCACGUCAUAAGUAGGGAAGAAAAAUAGUUUAGUUAGUCUAUCCUGGUUAGGAUAGUAUGGCGGCAUGGUAUAAAAUAUCCAAAGAAACAUGGUUCCUAUCGGGAGGCUCCAGGGUCAGUGGCUAUAGAAUAGUACUUUGGUGGGCUUUUGUUCCUUACAGUUCAGUUAAGACACUACCUACCUAUUCCUUCUCCUGGUGCUCCAUAUGUUAAGUGAUUUUUUGAAAUUUCUGUUUGUAUAACCUCACCCCAUGUGAUGUGAAAUGGAUGGAACUAAAGAAGUCCUUUUUCCUUGUGUGGUCUCAUUCACAAUGUGAUUCAUGGAUUAGUGUUGAAUAUUCCAUGCUGUUAAAAUAGUGCAGGGUGGUACCAGUAUAUGGUGGGAGAACAUCAGAAUCAAGACUAGAAGACUCAGUAUUGCUCAAGCCUUCCAAGCGUGGCUGCUGCCUGCUUUACAUGGGGGCACAGCUGUCAGCAUGCAAUUCAAUUCAAUUCAUCAAGCUAGGAGACUGAACCACACUUACCUGAGAGAGACAAGCAUGUCUGCUCCCUUCUUGGCUUUACUAGUAUGAUAUGUGGUUCUCAGACUCCCAUGUGCAUGACACAGGCAGAAUUUGGCAGCUGUCUUUCUCCCUUAUCAUGCAGAACAAAUGCCUGGAGCCGAGGAGUGAUUUUUGUUGGAUUUAAUUUGAUAGAAGAUGUUGUUUCCUCUUCUGCCCUUUUUAGCUUCUCAAAUUUCCUGAGUAUGCCCUGCUAUAGGCUGAAUGCCUGAUUUGGGGAGGGAACCAAAGGGGUUGGCUCAUGUUCCUGUAGUUUGAAUGCUGUGUUUUGUACCAUAACUAGUGAGUCUAGAGUUAUCUUGUUCCCAUCCCAUCCCAAACUUAAAGAAGGUAGGAAAGGGUAUAGACAAGAAAGACUUUGUUUACUGUAUAAUGCACAUCACAAAUGGCCUUAAACUAUGAUUCUUUUUGGUAUGAUGUGUUUUCAUUAACUGACCCUAAAGAAUGCCGUGAUUUUUAAACUGCAGGUACUGCAUUCCUAAUGAAGUGACACCUGCUGCUUUGUUCUUAAAGCAAGCGGAGGGAUAGGGAGCAGUAGAAGGAAGGAGGAGGAAACUACCUCUUUUGCUUUCUUACUGUGUUCCCCUACUAUGAUCUCCAUGGAUGAGCAGGGAAUAUUCCUAUGCAUAAGGACACCUGAUUUGGUUCAAAACUUGCUUCAUGAAACAUUCUAUAUCCAAGUCCUUCGUGCAAAGCUUGGUAACUUGGCCAGGAACAACUGGGGAAGAAAGAAGGGGAAAUAGUAGGAAGAAAAUUAGGGCUUCUCACUGCCUGGUAUGGAGUAAUGACUGAAUUUUUCCUCGCUUGAACAGGAGUCUUGGUCUAGUAACUGGAAAUGGGCUAGUGGUUGUAAUGAUAGGAGAAGCCCAGAAUGUCACCCCAACCUCUUUCAAGCAACAUCCCCAUACAAUCUUGAGGAUCCCUCUCUGUAUGAAGGCAGCUAACAUAAGGAAGACAGGGGUAAAAGAUAUGGGUUAAGAAUUAGGGAAACAGCCUUUUUUGGAACCUGAGGUGUCUAGUGGCCCAGAUUUUUCCAUUGCCAUAGAAGAGAGGACAAAGUGGAAUUGCAGGGAGUGGGGUGGAAUUGUCCUGUCUAGUCCUAUAAUGUACAUAUAUACAUACCCUUGGAGGGAGGAGGGGGGAUAGAUUGUAAAUAUGAAACAUUUUAAAUAAAAUUUUGUAACUGAUUACCCUCUACCACUGAAAAAUAAAGUAUUUUAUGCCAGAUGAUCUAAUUUUUUUUAAUUGUUGAAUGACUGUGAAACUGGGUGCAGUGGGAGGGAACUGUUCAUUCAGCUUCAAAAGUGCAUGUUAAACCCGAAAGGGAAACUGCCUGGGAUAAAUAAGAACAAUCCAUGCAAAUCUAUUUGUGUUUUUGCCCAAUAAAAUAUUCAGAAAGAUG